UCAGUUACUCCCUGUCCCUGCCCUCAUGACCCUCUAUUUUUGUUGUCCUUAAAUAAAUAUUUUUUGACAAGGUCCUAAAUUAAAUGUUCCGCUACUAGUUAAUAGUAUAAUUAUUACCUGGUUCGUUAUAUUAUAUACCCUUAAUUUUAUACUAAGUAGUUUUUAUUAAUAAUAAUAUAGCAUGAUGAGCAUCUUGAGGGAAGAGCAGAUUAGUGAGUUUUUGGAAGACUUCUCUCAUCUUGACAAAAAUGGAGAUGGUUGCAUAACCAUAGAAGAAUUAGGCACGGCUAUGAGAUCAUUAGGUGAAAAUCCUACGUUGGAAGAGUUACAAAUUAUGGUGAACCAAGUGGAUACAGAUGGAAAUGGAACUAUAGAAUUCGGGGAAUUCUUGAAUUUCAUGGCAAGAAAAAUGAAGGAAACAGAAGCAGAAGAUGAAUUGAAGGAAGCUUUUUGGGUGUUUGACAAAGAUAAAGAUGGUUACAUAUCACCCAAUGAGUUGAGGUCAGUAUUGAGAAUCAUAGGAGAGAAGGUGACAGAAGAAGAACUUGAGCAGAUGAUCAAAACGGCUGAUUUGGAUGGUAACGGUCUCAUUGAUUAUCAAGAGUUCGUUAGGAUGAUGUUGCAUGUUUAAACACCAAAAUGAAAUUCUAUCAUUUUUGUUCCCUUGAGCUUAACGACAUCAAAUAUAUUAUGCAGGAAUUGGGGUUCGAAUCGCAACACUCCACUUAUUCACCAUUUAUAACCACUAGGUAAAAAAAGAAGAAAUUCUAUCAUUUUUAAUAAUUGACAAUAAAUAAUAAUUAGUUUAAUUAAGUUGGACUUAAUUUUUACAUAUAUUUGUUGUACUUACACUUGUACUUGAAAUUUUAGUUAGUUCAGUGUUGUAUAUUUUCUUUUUAUCAUUGGCUACUCAUGAAUCUAAGUUAUCCAUCAAGUUAUAUUGACACAGUUUUCAUCAAAACUA